ACGCGUUUCACCUGGGGGUGGGAAAAAAAUCUAUGUUCACAAUUCGCAUUCGAUAGUAAAGAGGCUACCGUAACAAUUUGGAUUAUCAUAAUGGAGGAUGUAAGGACUUUCCUUCACUUCGGAGUUUUACUCUCAUCGGUACUAUUCACAAUUGGAGCAGCUGGUGAAGAUUAUUUCCCUGAGGCAAUGGAUGUUCAGUGGGUGUCCAAUAACUUCAAGACUAUUCUAACAUGGGGCCCUGAGCCUACCAACUACACAUACACUGUUGAAUUUUCUAGGGUUGGUAAGGACAGACAAAGGAACCCUCACUGCAUCCGGAGCUCGAGGACAGAGUGUGACCUCACCAACGAGCUGCGGAACCUGCAGGAGACCUACUCUGCCGACAUCCUAUCAGAACCCCUACCCGGCGUUACCUCUGACCUUGUGGAGUUCCCCUACACCCGAGCCGAGAGGUUCAGCCCUUACAAACACACUAAAAUAGGAGGACCCGCUUUCAAGAUUGUGCAGAGCGAAGACAAGACCAAGAUGACGCUCCACAUCCAGGACCCUCUCACUCCCCUCUACAAAGAUGACCAGCUGUUAACAAUCAGAGACAUCUUCAAGAGCGACCUGAAAUACAGAGUCAUAUACAACAAAGCUGGAAGCACAGGAAAGAAAGAGAAGAUGUCAGACCUGAGAGAUGUCGAGCUGACCAAUCUGGAUAAAGGACAGAGCUACUGCGUCAUAGUGGCAGCCUAUAUCCCCUCUCGUUCUGCACAGAAGAGACUGGGAGAUUGGAGCAAGGCGCAAUGCUCACCCAGAGAGAACAAGACCAUCUUUGAGGAAUUCAGCUUUGGUGUGAUCUCAGGUGCCAUUGGCAUCAUGCUGGCUAUAUUCAUCAUCCUCAUCACUCUCACUGUGGUGUGUUGCAAACGCUGCUGCUGCAAAAAGACCAAAACUGUGGACAAGGAUAACCUGCAGAUGAGUCCAGUGUAAAGGUGUGUGUGUGUGUGUGUGAUGGUGCUACUUGACCAACCCUUUGGAAGCUGUGCUCCCAAUAAUCUAGCACAAAUACGUCAAAACACUGGAAAAUGUGAAAUGUUAGUGUUGUCUUUUUAAAUGUCAUUAUGAGCUGGUUCUUUUAAAUGGCUAGAUAUUUUUUUUAUACAUUACUUAUUUAUAUGUUGAACAAGUACAUUUGAUUAAUUGUUGAAAAAUACAUGUUAUAUUUGCCACUAUGUAUAUAAGAAAAAUGUAAUCAUAUUUAUUUAAAUCAAUGUUUUAUGUUAAAUGUGUAUUGGUGCAUGUCUCUAAGAAUUAUUGUCUUAUACGUUGAUGAUGUGUAGUUCAUGUUGACUAGGAUUCGUCCAUGUGCUGUUGAAACAUGGCUUUGGUACUUUUGGAUGAGAGGAAGGUUAGUAGGAAAAGUAUUACUUGUGAUGACUUUUGUGCAUUCUAGUACUUUUUACAAUUAAAUUCAGAUGUAUUCAA